GAGUGAGUUGGGACAAAUAUACAUGCUUCAAAAACACUACAGUCAGGCUGAGAAAAUACUCAAUGAUGCUAUGACUCUUGACAAACAAGAUCCAGUGAAUUCAGUGCACCAAACUGCUCUAAUUCAUUGCCGUAUUGCUGAGUGCUUUACAGCAGAAAGCAAAGACAAUGAAGCCAUGCAAUUUUUUUGUCUGUCACGAGAUACUUCAAAUUUAGCAGUUAAUCACCCUUUAAGAGGCAGAAGUUUGUUCGGCUUGGGUAAAAUCCUUGUUCAGCAGAAGAAAUGGAACGAAGCGCAAACUAUUCUGAGGGAAAGUGUGAGUAUUUUGAGGCAAUUGUUGCCUUUUCAUCCAUCUACAAUAGCAGCCAUUCUUGAACUUAGCGACUGUUUAAGAAAGAUGAACAAGCAUAAAGAAGCUGCGUACCUUUUGACAGAACCAAAUGAAGUCUCUUUGUAUCAAGAAGAUAUUGGCAUGACAAGUCAAGUUGAUGAUUUACAAAAAGAAAUCACUAAGCUUCAACAAAGGAAUGAAGCCAACCAGCAGCUCUUGCUAGAUAAAGAGAAUGUUAUGCAUAUGGUUAUUGUGGAGCGUGAAGAAAUGGAGAAACAGCAUCAACAGCAGUUGGCUCAGAUGAGAACUGAAAUAGAUCAAAUGAGUGCAACAUUAGAAGACCAGACAAGGCAGCUGCAACAGCAGGGAGAAGAAUUAGAAGAGCUAACGGCUUCACUGGAAGAAGAGAGAAAGCUGAUCAAUCCUUUGAGGCAGGAGGUGCAAGACAAUCACAUAACUAUUCGACGCUUGACCACAAACUUAGAGCGAAGUGAAAGAGCAAGGGAGCAGCUACAAAAACUUCAACGCCAAUAUGAUCAUGUUUUACAGAUCAGUGAUGAUGAUUUGAUUAUGACAGAAACAAGCUUGGGAAAAGGAGCAUAUGGAGAAGUUGGUGUUGGCUUGUGGAGGGGUGUAUCAGUUGCUGUCAAAACAUUUUAUGACUUUCUUCGAGCUGAUGAGUUGAACGCUUCAUUUAUUCAUCGAGAAGUGUCCGUGUCUAGUCGUGUUCAUCACCCUAAUGUCUUAUCUAUUUGUGGAGCUAUCAUUGAGAAUGAAGUUCCUCUUCGUAUUGUCAUGGAGCUGUUAGAAGGUUCACUGAGAGAUGUGAUCAAGGCCUCACGCAGAAGCAGAAGCUAUUUGUGUAUGAGGGAGCAAGUGGAUAUAGCUGUGGGAUGUCUGUGUGGUGUGAUGUAUCUUCAUCAGCUUCAGCCUCCUCUUUUGCACGGAGACAUUCGUUCUACUAACAUCUUGGUUAGCAAGACCAUGGAAGCCAAAAUUGGGGACUUGGGUUCGACUCGUUUUGCCAGCGACAAGCUUUCUGUUGGUCCUCUCAGUCUAGAGUACAUUGCACCAGAACGAAUGAUGAAGAGUCCUGAUGGUCAGGAUAGAUCCAACACAACACAAGCCGACGUGUACAGCUUGGGUGUCACGUUUGUUGAGUUGUUGACAGGUGAAGAUGCAAAGAGAGUUGUGCGUGACUCUCAAUUUCUGGCUGUUGCUGACAUUCAGCUUCAAGACAUUUGCUAUGCUAUGGCUGCUGAUAAUCCACAUGAUCGUAUUUCCGCUACAGAAACGCUCAGACGCGUGAACGCUUUGAAGCAGAAUGAUGGGUACACAUCAUGUCCUCCCAAAAGGAUGGUGAAAGGCAAAGAAUGCACUGAAGACGAAGUGACGCUUAUGGACAUGCCGUGGAUAUGACUUUGGAACACUGACUUCUGAUGUGUUUGUUUGGCUCUGGUUUGUGUCAGCUUUAUGUAAGUUUGGUACAAAUAUUCGAUAAGAAAGAAUGAUGCAUGUUUGCAAUGUAUUAUGUGAUAUGAGUAUUUGAUGCACGUAGCUUUCAUGAUCAAUGAUAACUAAAGUUGUUUCACAGUCAAUCCAGAAAAGUGUAUAAUCUGAUG